AUGGAGGGUGUAGGCGAGGGCAAGAGAGCAGGGAUGAGGCCGCGAGCAAAGGUGAGCCCGCGACGGCGAGAGACAGCCAGAGAAAGGGCAGAGAUUGAGGCGAGGGCCGUGAACAGGAACUUCACGAGGGAGGCGCUCGUGAGGGAGGGCGGCAUUGUCGAGUGGGGCGGCAAAGGGGACGAGGAGGAGGAGUUCGUGGCGGUGUGCAGCCUGCCGGCGCAGAGGGAAGAGGGCUGGUUCCAAACCUCUCUCCGCUUGUACCAGGGCUCCUGGUUGCCCUCUGGGCACUUGAACGGCGUCGUCGCUUGCCAAAAUCACUUCCAAGCUCACCCCUCUGACAUCCUCCUCGUCACCAGCCCGAAAUGUGGCACCACUUGGCUAAAGGCCAUCCUCUUUGCUCUCUUGAACCGUGCCGAGUACUCUGACCCCAACCCACAACAACGGCACCCUCUCCUAACACAAAACCCCCACGACCUCGUGCCCUUCUUGGAGAUCAGGCUCUAUCUCCAGAAUAAAAAUCCUGAUCUCACUGCUUUUACAUCCCCGAGGCUCUUGGCCACCCACUUGCCUUAUUCCUUGCUUCCACGGUCGGUGAGGGACUCCAAUUGCAAGCUGGUUUACCUAUGUAGGAACCCUAAAGACACUUUCAUCUCGAUGUGGCACCACUUCAACAAGUUGAGGCCCGAAGAGAGGGGCCAGCUUCCACUCCUGGAGGGGCUCGACAAGUUCUGCCGAGGCGUGAGCGGGUAUGGGCCUUAUUGGGACCAUGUGCUGGGUUACCACAAGGCGAGCUCGGAGAUGCCCGAGAAGGUGUUGUUUGUGAAGUAUGAGGAGAUGAAAGCGGACCCGAGCGUUCAAGUGAGGAGGUUGGCCGAUUUCAUUGGGCGUCCAUUCAACGAAGAAGAAUUGAGAAACGGGACCGUGGAGGGAAUACUGAGGAUGUGUAGCUUUGACAAUUUAAGCGCAUUGGAGGUGAAUAGGAGCGGCAAGUUGCCGAGUGGAAUAGAGAAUAAGUGGUUCUUCAGGAAAGGCGAGGUUGGAGAUUGGGUGAAUUACAUGAGCGCUGAGAUGGGAGAGAGAAUUGACGGUGUCAUGGAAGAGAAGUGGCAUGUUUCUGGUUUGAAGUUUUAGGACAUAUGAACCACUCGUUCAACAAUUUCCGGGUGUUACGUUUUAGUUUUGAAGAUGUUUGGUUUGAUGGUGGAGAAGAAAAACGUGUAAAAAAAGAACAAAAAAGAAGCAGACACGAUUCGACUAUUCGCACUUUUGGGGGGUCAAAGUCUGGUUGGCCAAUGCAAGCGUGUUUCUCAUGCUAUAGGAGGAAAGAUUUUC